AUGAGCAAAUAUGUUCACAAAAUUAUCCUAUUUAAUAAAGGGUCCGUUCUCCUUCACUUUUUCGUCGAUUUAUUCGAUUCACUCAAGAUUAUAAUGAUACCUCGCGAAACAUUGCUAAACAAAUCCACAUUGGACAUUCUUAUUCCAAAUGGCAAGCUAGAUUACACGGAAGAUGAUGUGAAAAUGUUAUUCACCUCGAAAGCACGAACACUAGCAUUUUAUGAUGAAAUUCUACAUUUUUAUCUCGUGCUCAACUUGCCAUAUGGUUCGAGCAAUUUUGAUGAAUCUGUGGCCAAAGCAUUCUUCCAACAACUUGAUGUAAACAUUGAAGUGUCCCUUAUUGAAUCUGCCCAUUUUUCUGUUCCAAGUCAACCUCCGCAUCCUGCCUGUCGUUUUCCGAUGACCAGGUCGGAUUCAAGUUCUACGGAUGCCUCCCCUUCAACACCCGGAUCUCCCCUCUUUCCUUCUGUAAUAGAGAAGAGAUCGUCUAAAAUGCCCGAAGAGAUGAUAAUGCACUCUCUUCAAUUUAAUACGAAUCAAAAAGAUCGAAAUGUGAUGGUUGUAGAAUAUAAUAACUGUUGGACCGGCGUUGUGUCGUUAUCAUUACCAAUCGCAUUUUUGAAAUCACAUUUUGCAUGUCCGAUGUUGUCAUUUAAUGCUACCGUGGCAUUGCAAUCAUUGGAGAUUGCGAAACAAUCGAAAAAGGCGACGGACACGGAUUUGUACUCGAUGCAUCAUUUUGGCGGAAAUCUGUUGGCAGGAUUGAUUGGCGAUCCGAGUUUCGGGUCCGAGAACACUAUUUUUUGUGCGCCUCUAGCCGAUGUAAAUUUCGAACCCAGGCGACCAGUUGUAAAUCUUACGACAUCACCUGUGAAACGAACUUGUUCCAAGGUGUUGCCCGUAAAAACAGCGCUAAAUGUGCGAAUGAGAACCACGAAUGUAUCACCCCUAGAGAAUUCCAUGAUGAUAUCGAUUUCCGUGGAGAAUAAUAACAUCGAAUCGAUAAGUUCAUUCAUGAUUGAAUCGAUCAAGGUUCACGUUUCACACGGCUUCGUAGCAAGAUACGAGUGUGUACACGAUGACGCGACGGGAAGAUUUCCGUUAACGCUUAACUCGAUUGAUCAAGCAACAUUCCUUUACAACGUUACCAUACUUGAAAAGCCGGCUUUACCUAAGCCCUCACCUCCACAGCAUUGCCCCACUCCUUUACCAAAUUCGAGUACAAGAUCUCACCGUGAUUCGGUGGCGUCUGUUUUUUCAAACACUUCUUUUACACCACAGAAUGAUAACCAGCGGCGUCCUCUUACAAUAACAAUAAAAGGAACGCCAAUACUUGUGGGUGAAAAAACUGGGAAUAUCGAAUCUAAAUGGAAUUGUAUUUUGGAUUUGACAAGUUUGUUCAAGCGUGAUGAUUCCGCUGUACCUAACAGGUUAAGCAUCAGUGGCACGGUGAGUCAGCGAGCAUCGCUGAACUCGAGGUAUGGCCUGUCAGAGGUUUCAUCGUCGGGAAGUUCGGUAUUUCUAUCCACCGGCAUCACAACGCCUUCGGUCACGAAAAGCAUCUAUUCUGCGAUCUUGAGCGGAUAUAUGAAGAAGCCGGCCGUAGGAUCGACCAUGAGUGACAAUGCACCUAUGUGUGGUGAGAUCGCUAAUAAUACGAAUGGCAUCCUUUCCGGGGGAAGGACUCCACUGACAAACCGUCCAACGGAAGUGAAUGUGGGAGAUGAUAUUAUGCUAUCGUUAUCUGUUGGUUCCAAAGUAAUGGUUGGUAAGGUGUUCUCGGUGCGUGUGUUCAUAGUUAAUAAGUCAAAAAUUUCUCGAAAAUUCGCCAUUAUCGUUCAUAACAAAAAGAGACGAAGCGACGCUACAAUAAUACACGGAAACACGAUACAUCCUAUAGAACCUUUCAUGUCUGAGACUGAAUUUCUCGGUAGACAUCUUGAAUCAGAGACGCCCGAAGCCGGUAUUUUUUGUUUGAAUAAUAAUGUUCAAAUAGGACCGAUUCUCCCUUCAACGUGCGAAUCAGUGACUUUACACUUUAUUGCGAUGAAAGAAUCGCUGCAUCCCAUUGAACUCAUGCAGCUUGUAGAUACAGAAACGGGACAAAUGACGAAUCUUCGAAAUGUUUUGGAGAUACUGGUUCCUAGAACCUCGACGAAAAGGGAAUUCGAAGGUGUCGAAGCUAUCGUUAAGAGGCACGCGAUAGUUUGA